CCCUUGCAACAUUUCAACUCACCACCAGCAAUGGCGAUGGCUCUUCAUCAUUCCCUUAUAUUCAUUGUCCUCUUGGCAUUAGUCUCAGUGUGUUCAUCCGAGGGUCCAUUCCCUCCUUCCCACCACAAUGAAAAGCCUCCCCCUCAAGUUCACCCUCCGCCACUUCACAAACCAGAACCACACCAUCCUUCUCCCUUUGUUCCAAAGACUCCACCCCUUCACAAGCCCCCAUUUGAAGGGAAACCUCCCAUGAAAGGUGCUCCUCCACUUCCUAAGCCACAACCACACCCCGCUUCUCCAUUUAUUCCAAAGCCACCUCCACUUCCUAAGCCAAUGCCACCUCCACUUCCUAAGCCAAAGCCAAAGCCACCUCCACUUCCUAAGCCAAAGCCACCUCCACUUCCUAAGCCACAACCACACCCCGCUACUCCAUUUAUUCCAAAGCCACCUCCACUUCACAAGCCUCAACCACCCCUCAUUCCCAAGCCUCCACCAGUGCAUGGUAAGGUGCCUCCUCAUACUAUCAAUGAGCACCCCACUUCUUUCUCCCAUGAAAAGCCUGAUCCUCCUCUUACUCCUCCAUUUCACAAGCCAGGCUCCCCCAGCUUCAAUCCUCAUGGCAAACCUCAUCCUCCCUUGAAGAAAUCUCCUCCUAAGCCAGUAGUAAAGCCCCCACCAAAGCAUGGACACUACAAUCCUCCAGCCAUGCAUUAGUCUCCUCCACAUCAUCCUACUCAUUAGAUAUUUUAUAGCCAUUUCGUGGAAAAUAUAUAGAUUGCAAGUAAAAGAGAGGAGGUUUAGAUACUACCUAUCUAUAGUAGUAUUACCUACAACAUGUUGGUUUUGCCGACGAUGGGAGACAUGAAUUCCUUACUCAGAAAUGUUGUUGGUUUUAUUUUCAUGUUAUAAAUAGUUUUAUAUUAUAAUAAUGAAUCUUUUAAGGUGA